AUGGCUUCAUCGCCCACAAAGUUUGCGAUGCGCAACAGCAACGGACACAGCCCGAGAACAGCGCCGCACAGCCAGAGACUCGGCCGCGAUGUCAACACAACAUCACCAGUAGUUCCAUUCCCGUACCCGUACCCAUGGGACGACGCGGAACACGGCCUCCACCCCGAGGACGACUUCCAGAGCGAGGGAACGCCGUACGACCCGCGGGCGAUUGUGCGCGUGCUGAUCCCCGUCUCGAUCGCCGGGUGGCUGCUGUUCGGGGUGAUUUGCAUCCUGUGCAUCAACGGCCGGGGCAAGGCGGGCCGGUGGAUCCCCGAGUGGUACCUCGACUCGGAGGGGACGCGGAGGGACAUGGCGCUGGUUGUGCUGUGGUGGGUUGCGGUGAUGGUGCUGUGGCCGGUGAUUCUGCCGAUGCUGCUUGUGAGGAAG